AUGCUCACUAGAAGCAAGGUAAAGACCCAAUCAGGUAACCCUACAGAGCCCCAAGCCUCACAGGUAUGUGUAGAUCCUAGUGUCACGGUGCCUCAAGCAGGUGGAGUCGCUCCAAGCGUCGAUAGCUCCACCUCAAAUGCUGGAGGUACUCACUCUAAUAGGUCUAAAUCUACAUCCAGCACAGUUAAAGCUCGCUUACAGGCCGAAGCUCUUCACGCUAAGGCUAUGCUUGAAAUUGAGGAGCAGUUAGCUAAGGCAAAGAGGGUAGCUCAAGACAAACUUCUGGCAGCUCAACUCGCUGCCAUCGAGUCUAGUACACGCAAUAAUUCCGUCAACUCUUGGGUUCACAGUUUGCCUGACCAUUUCUCGGAUAUCGUAUCAGCCGCCGCACAGCCGCAGAAUCCCGCCGCUUCAAGUGCAGAGGACAGUCCAGGUCCUUUUGAUGCUGUCAACACGGUACCCAAAGGUUCAGAAGGCUUACUACCUAAUCAUAUAAGGGGACCCCAAGGUGAUGUUGAAACCUUCGCGUUGCUGGACGAUGGAUCUACAGCAAGUCUAAUAGAUUCCACCAUCGCGCGUCAAAUAGGUAUCCAGGGCAGAGAUGGACGCAUACGUAUACAAGGCGUAGGAGCGGAACUAGAUAACUUGGUCAAGGAACAAUUUAAAUUAGAAGCUUUAGGAAUUACUAAACGUUCCACAUCGUGCGGACCUUUACACGAGCGUGCAUUACAAACUCUCGACAAGACUGCUGAAAGGUUACCAAGCGGUAGGUUUAAAGUCGGUUUGCUCUGGCGAGAGGAUAACCCGCAUAUCCCUGAUAGUUAUGCUCUAGCUCGUUCUCGUUUCAAUACUUUAGAGCGUAAAAUGGCUAAAGACAAAGAUUUGAAAAUUGCGUAUUCUAAAUUUAUUACCGAUAUUAUUGACAAAGAUUAUGCUAAAGAGUGCGAUGAUACGUACCAGUCACUUGUAAAGAAUAAUUGUAGGUUCUGGUACCUCCCUCAUUUUGCGGUUUUCCAUCCACAAAAAAAGAAAAUCCGCGUGGUACACGAUGCAGCUGCUCGAACAGAUGGAGUCAGCCUCAACUCGUUAUUAUUGCCCGGGCCCGAUCUAUUGCCUUCCCUUCUAGGAAUUCUAUUUCGUUGGCGUGAAGGACGUAUAGCAAUGAUAGGAGACAUAAAGGAAAUGUUUCCACAGGUGAAGAUAAUAGAACGGGACCAGGACAUGCAACGGUUUUUAUGGAGAGAUGCGGACUGUGAAGGUCCCGUCAAGGAAUAUAAAAUGUCCUCUAUGAUUUUUGGUGCCACUUCCAGUCCUUGCACUGCCAUUUACAUUUUGCGCAAAAAUGCACAGGAACAUGAGUCUCGGUUUCCUGACGCCGCUGACACUAUCAGAAACACAUACAUGGAUGACUGCGUCAUUAGUGUCAACGACGUCAAACGCGCAGCUCGCCUUGUCGCUGAUAUUGUCGAAUUGCACAGUCUAGCAGAAUUUGAGAUGAGGGGAUGGGUAUCUAAUAAUAGUGAAGCUCUUCAAUUGUUACCACCAGAGCUCUGCGCCACGACACCUACAUCUGUGGUUCCCCUCGCUCCUGCUACCUCAACUUGCCGUGUAUUAGGAUUAAUCUGGGACACAGCUCAAGAUGCGUUACAAUUUCGCCCAACAAAAACGCAGCAAUCUGAAUUGCCUAAAUUAACAAAAAGAUCCGUUUUAUCUUGCGCCAUGUCCUUGUACGACCCAUUAGGAAUUCUUUCGCCACUGACAGUUCAUAGCAGGAUACUCCUUCAAAAAUGUUGGCGAACAGGAGUAUCUUGGGAUGAACCCUUACCGAUGGACCAACAAAAAGAAUGGGGUUCAUGGUUAGACAGUAUCGCGUUAGUGGAAAAUAUGAGCAUUCCACGUUGCUAUGCGUCUCAUUGCAACGCGGACUUAGACCAAUCUGAGCUGGAGCUACACGUCUUUGCUGAUGCCAGCGAGUUAGCUUACGCGAGUGUCGCGUACUGGCGUAUUUUGGAUUCAAACGGUAAAGUCAAAUUAUCCUUCAUUGCAGCGAAGGCACGGGUCACUCCACUCAGGCCAGUUUCGAUGCCGCGUCUGGAGCUACAGGGUGCUCUGCUGGCCGCACGUCUCGCGGCCACUAUACUGGCGGAGCACAAUGUAACUCCAUGUAGGCGUGUAUUUUGGAUAGAUUCAAUGAACGUUCUUGGUUGGCUAAGAGCUGAAGCCCGCUCAUUAAAACCCUUUGUUGCCAACCGUGUAGGAGAAAUAUCCGAAAUCACUGAGGUCUGUGAAUGGAGGUGGGUUCCGACUAGUUUAAACGUCGCGGACGAAGCUACUCGAAUGAGUUCUGCAGUCUCCUCUCGAUGGGUUAACGGUCCUAGUUUCCUCCUUAAGAGUCAAGAAACUUGGCCCUCGGAGACUUUGCCACCCGUUAGUUUAACUCAGAAUGAUUUCGGACGGGAGUUUAAGGCAGAGUACAUACACAUUCAUGCCUUAGACGAUCAAAAUUCUCACACGCCAACGCCUAUUUCGUUUACAUUGGCGGCGGACCCUUCGCGAUUUAGCAGUUGGUUGCGGAUGGUGCGUGCAACCGCCCGCGCGCAUCAGUAUAUCAAAAUCCUCCGCAAUCGCAUAAAUUCAAAAUUGGGGUCACAUAAUUUGGCUACACGUUUCUCUUCAUCCUCGCGCGCUCAUAAUAGUCAUCCAGCGCAUUCAUUAUCAUCUUUACCAUUGCUCAGCGACGAGGAUUUAUACACGGCAGAGGUUCACAUCAUUCGUCAAUGUCAAGAAGAGUCCUUCUCAGAAGAAUUGAGGUCGAUUCGCCGACGUCAAGCAGUCAACAGAAGCAGCCGUCUUCUUCGUUUGACUCCCACGCUCGAUUCUGAAGGCCUACUCCGAAUGAACGGAAGAGUCUCUGCCACGCCUGAUAUGCCCUCGUUCACUAAGAGACCGAUAAUAUUGGAUGGUCGUCACCACACCGCUCGCCUCCUUGUAACACACUAUCAUAAAAAAGCUGCUCACGGACUGAAUGAACUUGUGGUGAACGAGAUACGCCAACGUUACUGGAUUUUGCGACUGCGAAACACAAUCCGCUCCAUAGCUCUGCGUUGUACUAUCUGCACAAUUCGUCGCGCGAGUCCGGUUCCACCACCGAUGGGAGACUUGCCGCCGGAGCGUCUGGCUCAUCAUCGGCGCCCAUUUACAUUUGUGGGACUAGACUACAUGGGGCCGAUGAUAGUCGCAGUGGGAAGACGACGAGAAAAAAGAUACGUUGCCCUCUUCACGUGUCUUACUACCCGAGCCAUUCAUCUGGAGAUUGUACACAGCCUCUCAGCGGACGCUGCAGUCAUGUGCCUGCGACGAUUUGUCGCUCGAAGAGGUACCCCAUGCAAGAUAUUGUCAGAUAAUGGGACUGCCUUCGUUGGGGCUAAUAAUCUACUUCUUGCAAGCUACCAGCAGUGUUUCGGAGACGAAUGUGCUAACCAACAUAUUUCCUGGCAGUUCAUACCCCCUUCAGCUCCUAAUAUGGGGGGAGCGUGGGAACGGAUGGUUCGAACAGUGAAGACGGCGCUGAAAGCCAUGCUGGCAGAGCAAGUGCCCAAAGACGAGCUUCUAUGCACCGCUCUUCAUGAAGCAGAAGCACUGGUGAACAGCAGACCGCUUACACACGCGUCCAGCGAACCUCACGCUCCUGAAUCACUAACGCCGUUUCAUUUUCUCAUCGGUUCAUCGUCACCGUAUCAUCCCAUCAAGACUGAUGCCGGGGACCUGCUCAGUAGGAGUGAUUGGAAGAAGUCUCAACGCCUCGCUGAACUAUUUUGGCAGCGUUGGGUCAAAGAGUACCUUCCUCUAAUCGCUCCUAGAAGGUCGCCCAAAGGUUCUUCGUCGCAGAAUUUCCGAGUUGGUGACCUCGUCCUUAUCGCGGACGGUAAUCUCCCGCGGGGAACAUGGCCUCGAGGCAGAAUAUCUGCGGUCCACCCCGGCAAGGACGGAAUAAUCCGCGUCACAGAGGUCACCACUCCCGGCGGAAUUCUGCGGCGACCAGUCACCAAGCUGGUCAAACUACCAUCCAGUCCCCCUCCUGACUAA